AUGGAGAUGAGAGUUAGAGCCCUGUCUGCCAGUCUCGCGGCACUGAAAGAGCAAGGGGAGAAGAGGCGGCUCCUGCUUUCCUGCCCAUGGGCCAAUGCCAGUGCUCUAUGGGGUCAGAUUGUAGGGGGCCAUGAGGCUCAGCCCCACUCCCACCCUCACAUGGCAUACCUGAAGAUAGAAUGGAUUUUCUGCGGAAGCUUCCUGGUUGCCCCUAACUGGGUGAUGACAGCUGCACACUGUGAGGGCAGCUCUCUCCACCUGCCUGCAAAAGGGGAGGGAUGCAGACCUUGCUUUCUCCUGCUGACAGCAAAGGCCACUCUCAAUGACUAUGUCAAGACUAUUCUACUGCCCAAGACUGACAGUGACCUCCCCACAGGCACCAAGUGCAGCAUAGCCGGGUGGGGCCCAAUCGAUGACGACCAGACAACCAGCAAGCUCUCUGAAACCCAAGUCUUCAUCUACAGCCACAGAAAAUGCAUCCGCUUCUUUCUGCAUCUCGACACCGGCAUGGUCUGUGCUGGCAGCUUCCACGAGCUCAGGGAUUCCAGCCAGGGAGAUUCUGGUGGACCUCUGGUAUGCAAUAAGGUGGCACAAGGCAUUAUUUCCUUCGGAUAUGACACCCCACCCGGGGUCUACACCCACAUCUCUGAGUACCUGCCCUGGAUCAAAAGAACCCUGAAGAAGUAG